AUGACCGGCGCCAACAGCUGGGCGUCCCUCGAGGCGCGCUAUGGCAAGCUCUUCCGGACGCUCACCUGGAUCGCCUUCAUCCCGGCCCUCCCCAUGCUGCUCGCCCACGGCUUCAUGUCCAAGCACCUCGUGCCCGUGGCCGGCCUUAUCCCCCAGUCUCUCUCCACCGUCGCGGGAAUAUGGCUCCUCCGCCGCAAGAGCAAAGAGCGCUCUGACGCUGACGGCGAAGACGGUCGCGGUGGCAUCAUGGACGCCGUCGAAGGCGCCGUCGAGGAGGGCAUUCACGAGGUCGAUUCCCUUAGCGAGACGCUCACCCACCCGUUUCUCGUAUUCGCCUUUGACAUUGCUAUCGCCACGGCCAUUAUGGUUGUCCUGGUCUACACGUGGAGGUCCUCGAGCAACUCGGCUGCGCUCAGUAUGCUGGCCGCCUAUGCCACCAUUCCCCUCAUGUUGAGCUUCAUAUCGCAUGUUGCCCUCGCCUUUGCCGCGCUCUGGGACGGCCUCGCCAUCCACGGUCACAUAAAAUGGGCCGCCUCGCGCGCCAUCGACUCGGACUGCCCCAACUGCAGCCACGGCCUUUGGCCCGAACGACCCACGAUGCCCUGGUCGCGCUUCUUCCAGAAGAAGAGUUCGUCGUCCUAUGCCCCGGUCUUUACCGACGGCGCACAGUCAUAUCACUCGGAAGACGAAGACGACCAUGGCAUUCCCGGCUACCCUAUCGAGCCUGAGACCAUCGACGUUCGGCCCAAGAAGAUUAGCAAAAAGGCGCUGACGCCUGUUGACGAGACUUCGGCUUUGUUGGAGUAA